AUGAUCGAUACCGUCAGUGCCGCGGUCAAAAGCGCGGCAUCGCGUGGCAAGCUGACCGCCAUGCUCGGCGGCGAACACACCGUCACGGUCGGCGCCGUGCAGGCAUACAGCGACCUCUACGAGGACCUCUCCGUCCUCUACAUCGACGCUCACGCCGACCUACGCGAGAGUUAUCAGGGCACAAGGUGGGGCCAUGCCUCAGUCGCGCGCCGCAUAUACGAGAUAUGCCCCCUGAUCCUCGUCGGCAUCCGCAGCGUAAGCGCGGAGGAGAUGAAUUUCAUAAAAGGGCAGGGGAUACCAACUCAUUUCUGGUCGGCACAGCCCAGCGACAACAUCCGGGCAGCAGUUACUCUCACAUCCGAGCAUCUCAGCGACAAUGUGUACAUUAGCAUCGAUCUGGACGCGCUCGACCCGUCAAUCAUGUCCGCCGUCGGCACGCCCGAACCCGGCGGAAUGCUCUGGCACGAGAUUCUCGCACUGUUGCGCGCCGUCAGCCGCAAGGCAAAUAUCGUGGGCUUCGACAUCGUGGAACUAAGCCCGCCCGAAGGCCCGGCAGCCUGCGCCUUCACCGCCGCAAAGCUCACCUACAAGCUCAUCGGCUACGCCACGCAGGAAGACUAG